AUGGCAAAUCGCGAAGCAGGCCAAUCUGCUUACCAGCAGCAGCUUCCCCCAACGUAUCCAGGCCCAGUCACGAGCACCACAGAAUCACCGUCUCAGAGCCUCCUUGCAAAGCAGCGGAACCUCGCCCCGACACUCACUUCAACACAAGAUCAGAACGAGAUGCCCCUAGAAGGUCCCGACAAGGAAGUCUUGGUGGAGCGGACUCGCAAUACGGGUGCCCAGACGCCAGCAUCACUCGCCGCGCAGAUUGAACACGAGAUGCGGCAAAAGACUUCCACCUAG